UAUAUACUUAUAUCAGCUGUUCGCGCAGUGAUAGCGAGUUUGCGCCUGCGCCCGCCUCUCAAGCUGCGCUCGCGGAUUUAAGCGCAUGCGCGCGAGAGAGACGGAACAAAUGUCGACUAUAUAUAUGUGUAUAGCACGCACAGUAGUCGCUAACUCGCUAGAUGGGCCGUGGAUACAGCGCAUAUAGACUGCUGCGCGUUGCACAAUAUACAAGGCGCGAUACAAAGGGAAGCGAGCGAGAGGGAAGAAGAAUCGGCGUGUACAGAUAUACACGAGGUAGAGGAAGAGGAACGAGCGAUCUGACAGUAGAGAAAAGAGCAUCAUGGCCGCCUACUGCUGCUGAUCGGCAGCGCUCUCGCUCUUCCUUUUCAAAAGCACCUUCCCCUGCUCCGCUCUCUCGCAGCCGCGCGCGCGCCUUUUGCGCCUCAACUCAACACACAUUCGUAGCGUAGCAGUCUGAGAGUUACUACACUCUUCGAGGGAAAAAAAAACAACGCAACUCGCUGCUGCUGACUGCUGAGCCGCGAGCCACCCAUUGUUGUCGGUGUAUAGUGUAGUAGUAGUGGUGUGGUGGUGCUGCUGUACUGCAGACUGCAUCAGUAGUGCAUGCGAAGAGUCAGAUGAUCGCGAGUUGUAACCUCGGCGCGACAUUCGAAAAGUGACAACUAUAUAAUACCGUGCAAUAAUACUGCGCGCGAGUCUUUUUCGCUGAUCGUGCCACUGGUGUACUCGGAUAAUUACGUGACACAAGUGUACAUACACACACAGACAGACACUAUAUACGUUACUCGCAGUUCGAGGCUAUAAUAUACUCGAUCGCGAGAAGUGUGCAAGUACAAGCACGCAUCAAAGUGCGCGCGCGCGUGUGCGAGAGAUACCACAACAAAACAAGGCUCUCUCCGUCUCUGUCGGGCGCUCGGCGCGGGACAAAGCGAGCGAGACAAACAAACAACGCAGUUCCCUUCGAUUCGGAGCUGCUUCAGCCAGAGUCGUCCCGCUGUACGCUAAUAUAUCAUACACGGAGCUACACUCUCCCGGAAGAAACGUUGCCACUGCUGCUUCUACUGUUUCUUCGCGCAGUUCGCACACAUCGUCAUCGGACUGCGGACGGAGAGAGAUAAGCUGCACGGGCUAUGGCUAGCAGAUAUUAGAGUGUUGUCCUAGUGCAGAAGACGUGUGUGCAAGAGAGAAAGCUGUAUAAGUAGUACGAGUAUACACAGCAGUGCGAGUGAGGCGGAUAUAGUAUCGAGGAGGCCAACAAAGGCGGACUGGUGUAGAAGAAAAGACGGUGCGGGGAGAGAUAGAGAGAAGAGUAGAUGGACAGGACGAGGAAACUCGAGGACAGCGAACCUCUCUAUCGUAGGAUGCUGGAGCUCGAGGUGGUGCCCGAACGAUCCCUCGGCUGCGAGAAGUGGGAAUUUAUUUUAGGUAUGCAUUUUUCCCACUCUGUAUCAAUAAUACAGUCACAAGUGGGCGUUAUCAGGGGAGUACAAGUUCUUUAUAGUGAUACGAAUCCACUAGAAGUAGACCUAGUAAUUAAUUUACCUUAUGAUGGUGUACGGCUUAUAUUUGAUCCAGUUGUGCAGAGGCUCAAGAUCAUUGAAAUAUACAAUAUGAAAUUAGUAAAACUGAAGUAUUGUGGUUUACCCUUCAAUUCUCCAGAAGUCUUGCCAUCUAUUGAGCAAAUUGAACAUUCUUUUGGAGCUACUCAUCCAGGUGUAUAUGAUAGCGAUAAGCAGGUUUUUGUGCUAAACUUUAGAGGUUUAUCAUUUUAUUUCCCAAUUGACUCAAAGUUUCAACCUGGCUAUGCACAUGGUUUGGGUUCAUUACAAUUUCCAAAUGGAACUUCGCCUCUUGUGGCUAAAACAGCUAUUUAUACGGGAAAUAUGGCAGCAGGAGGUUCCAACAGUGAAGAACACUGUCUGAAGGCACCACCGCCACCAUUGCCAUUGGUCUGUUAUCACAACAACGUCUACUUGGAAAAAGCUGAGGUUUUGCGAGACAAGACACGGACCAAAGGACUAAAAAUGCAUCUUUUCACCGAAGGUAGUUCAGCGAGUCGAGUGCUUCUUGAACCUAGAAAACACAGCCUCAUCAAAGAGGUAUGGUUUGGAGAUACGUCUGAAGACGUUUUAAGUGCUCUGGGUGCACCAUCGCGUGUCUUCUUCAAGGCAGAGGAUAAAAUGCAAAUUCACAGUCCUAAUGCUCAUAAAAGAGACAAAAUAAGGCGGUCUGAUUUCUUUUAUAACUACUACACCCUGGGUGUGGAUAUUCUAUUUGAUGCAAAAACCCAGUGCGUAAAGAAAUUCGUACUGCAUACCAAUUAUCCUGGGCAUUAUAAUUUUAACAUGUAUCAUAGAUGUGAAUUUACCCUCACAUUACCUCUUGAGUCUAACACAUCUGAUUCUGGGAAUCUCAUUGAUGUUGCCCCAUCUUCAGUAACUAUAACUGCCUACACAAAAUGGGAUCGGGUGAGUGAGCAGCUAAAAGCCAGUCGUCGUCCAGUAAUUUUGAGUCGGGCUUCAUCCACCAACACUACAAACCCUUUUGGUUGCACCUUUUGCUAUGGCAUUCGUGACGUGAUCGUCGAGGUGAUGGCCAAUGAGCAUAUUGCCAGUGUUACCCUCUACACGACGGCGGCGUGACCCUGGUAAAGAAGCGGAACGAAAAUGGCAAGCAAGGGACAAAAAAGAGGUUUGGAUUUUUGGGUGCACCGAAGCAAAAGUCACUCUGCCGCCAGUCCGUGAGAGGACGAGGUGAGGAGGCGCAAAAAAAAUUAAAAAAGAAAAUAAUGACAAAAAUAACUGCAAACACGCUGUAAAUCCCGUAAAAAAAGUGAUAAAAAAAUAAAUGACGAGAAAAACGGCGUAGGUUGUAAGAAAGAACGGACGAGGUGAACGUGACGGGGAUCGUCGCGUUUGGUACUGUCCGCUAAAUAAUAGAAAAAGCAUGUAUGACAAGGAUAGAGUAUAUUCACGAAAUUGCGUACUUUUCGAAGUUCGAGUUCUAAGUGUCAUAGUAUGCCAUGGUUGUUCUUUGUUUCUUGACUGACUGCUGGUUUUAAUAGAAGUAAACAUUUGCACUUAGAAAAUGUUAGGCUUGCAAGUGUGUAUAAUAAAAGUUCUUGUGUUAUUGUAUUGCAGUAAAGGUUACUUAAACUUACAUUAGGGGGAAUUAAAUUAUUUAAUUUUGCCUAUAAUUAAAAAAAAAAUGUCAUUUUUACUAUAUUCAAUAUUUACAAUAUAUUUAAAACAUUAUAGAUAAAUUUACUUGUAUGAAAUUACCUGCUUAGCUAUUCCGAACAAGAUAUGAUUCACUUUUUAGACAUUAAGAGGAGGUGGGAGCUAUAGCUUCGCAAAUCCGCCACGGGGUAUUUAGUAUUUCAAAUGCCAAAAAAAAAAAAAAAAACUAAAAGCCGUAUUGACAUUUUCUUUCGGUAGAAUGAUUCACUUAUCUCAAACCUAUGGCGCUCUGAUCAUUAUAUUGAUGAAGUUUCAAAUUCAAAAAAGUUAAUAAGUAAAAUUGGUGUUUUUGGCGCUGUGAUCGCAGAAACAUGCGUAAUCACCCGCUUGUAUUUCACAACUUUUACAAAAACCAAAAGUCCGAUUGUUAUUUAUUUUCGGUAGAAUGAUUCACUAAACUCAACACUAUGGUGCUCUGGUCUUGGUUUUUCAUUGCAAGCUUUAUUCAAAAAGUUAUAUGGAACAGAAAAACAGUGUUUUCAGCUCCCACAUCCCUUUAAGAGAAUGAUACAUUAAUGAUUAAUAAUCGAUAACAAGUAACAAUAUCGAUUAUAUAUGUGGAUACAGACAAUUUGUGCUAUCAAAAUGUAAUCAUUUUUUAUUAAAAAAUGCUCUAAAAUAUCAUAGUAAGCUAGCAUUUUAAAGUUCUAGUAAAUAUCACAUUAAAUAUAAUUAUAUGCUUUAUAAUAAUACAUACUUAAAUUAUAAGUUAAUAAAACAAAUUAAUUUUUCGAUUUUUAACUGCUGAUAAUUUUUAAAAACCAUUAAUAUCAAGGUUUCGAUUAUUUUUAAUAAACUUUUUAACAGAAUAAAAAAUAUUAAUUUGCAUUAAUACAAUAACUUUUAUUAUAUGAUAAGAUUAUUCAACGAAGUAAUUAAGUCACUCUUACAAAUAUUCAUGCACAAGCUUUAUAAUUCACAAUCUGCGAGUGACAAAGGCUUAUUUAUUUUAAUUUUUAAUUAGGUUUUAAGACCUAACAUUUUGCGAGUGCUUGUGUUAGGUAAAAGCGAAAGAAAAUCGCGAUAUCGAUGCAAAUAUCCUAUAAGAGCAGAAAUCAGUGAGUCUCGUGUACACACAACUUACGUAUUGAAUACCACAAUAGCGACAAAUUUAUAAAAGUAAGAAUUCUUCAUACCGAAACUCAAGAAUUAGAAUUAGAGUAAUUAAGUGAUACUUAUUUCAUUAUUUUCUCAGUAUGUACAAAAUAUAUUCGAUAUUAUAAUCUAUCGCUAAAUGUGAUUUCGGCUUGUGAGUUGAAAAAAAGAAGAAACGUGAAAAGAGCAAAAUAUUUUUAUAUCGAAAAGAGCAUUUUUCAAUUCACCUUCAUAGGCGUGUUGCUAAUAAAAAAACGUACAUGAGUAAUUGUGAAAGAGCGAGAGAGAGAGAGAGAGAGAGAGAGAGAGAGAGAGAGAGAGAGAGAGAGAGAGAGAGAUUCAAACUUUUUUAGGAUAUGACAAAAACGUAAACUCCAAAAGGAAAAUAUAAUGCAUGUGCAAAUUAUCUUGUGAUAAAACUUUCGAGCUGAAAUCGUAAUUAUUACCGACUCAUACAAGGCAGAAUCGAGAGGAUAUUAAAAAGUUUCACGAUGAAAAAUAAAAAUAAAAUAAUUCAUAGCGUAAAAAAUGAGCAAAUAGUAUCCACGUGUCAACUAUAAAUUACGAUUAAAUUUGGAGGAAAAAGAAAAAAUUGGAAAGACAAUAAUUGUUUUUUUUGCAAAAUAUUUUCAUAUUUUCAACUUGAAGCAACACAAUUGUGGAUUAAUUAGGCAAGCAAGUGUAUUGCAUCAAUAUAUAUUCGAUACACUUUAUCUCUUUUGUUUUUCUUUUUUUUAAAGACAUAUGCUCAGAAAUAGCCCAUAAUAUGAAGUUCAAAUCCAUUUGAUUCUAUUCCCAUAUAUUUUUCGGCGUUUUUGUUUGCUUUGGAGACGAUUUUUUCUUUAUUGUUUAUGUUCUGUUUUUAUCCUUCGGAACGUACAUCUGUUUUUAAAAUUGCAUAGAAUACUAAAAAUAUUUUGUAUACAAGUUUGCUGCUGUACAUUAAGAAAAAAUAAUUUAUUUAUUAAGCAAAACAAAAUAUUUUUAAUACUUGGAAAAUAUUUAACGCCAAAAGCAGCUAAAUAAUAAUACCUUUAUUUCGAAUGAUUGUUUUGAGUGUUCGUGGUAUUUGCAUCUUAAUUUAUUAUGACAUUUUUUUACUUUUAAAAACUUGACCAUAACAUUAAAGAAAACAAAUUGAACUCAUAAAAGUUUUGUUUGUAAAAUCUCAUAUUCAAUAACAUAUUGAAACGUUGCUACAGGGUAUAAACAAGUUUAUCGUAUCAGUUCUUUAAUAUGCGAGCAUAAUGAAUAAAAGUAUUUUAUGAAAGAGGAGCUAUAUAUCUGUGUUACAAAUUAUUCGUAUAACUUGUCAUGAAAAGCUUUUUUAACACCUCAUCAAAUAAAAAUGAAAAUUCAUCUCCAAAGUACAGCAAAUAAUGUCUGGCGCAUGUGUGUUCUCUGAAAACGACGGGUUAAACAGAUGUAUGUGUGGAUUAUCGGUGCAAAGUUUUAGUGUAAAUAGAACAUCGUAAAUUAAUGCAUUAGUUUGAUUCUACCUAGCCUUAAUUAGCCUUUGUAAAGUUCGAAAUGUUUUAAAUACGCUUUAAAAAUUCAUUUUUUGCCGAAUCAUAAAGAAUGUUUAGCAUAUACUGACACCGUGCAGUUUAUUUAUUGAACACCCGAAGUUCGUAAAGGUAUGGUUGAAUAUUUUAUUCAACUGUUUUUUAUUAUCUUGAAAAGUUAAUCAUGUUCUUAAACAAUAGAAAAAACUCAUGGUAAUUCUUGUCAUUUACACGGUUUAAAGGGAUUCAAAUUUUUGUUGUCAGAAAGUAAAUGUAAGCUUUAAGAUUUUGGAUAAUCGAUGAGACGCUGCAUUGUGCAAUAAGAUCGUUUCACCAUAGCCUAUUGAACGAUUCAUCUCUUACGUCUCCUCUUUUAAGGAUUCAACUCGCGUUGAUCUCUUUUUUCUCUAAUAUACCUAUACAUCUCUCGUGUUCCCAAAUUUUUUACGGUUCGAAAUAAAAUCUGUACAUAUCCGGAACAUAGCUGAAAAAUGAACUAAUUAAUAUUAAUAUUACAUAAUAACAAGUACAUAAUGCAAAAAUAAUUACGACGUUAAGGCAGUUAUAAACUACAUAGGGCCCACAAAACAUCAGCGUUUUUCACAUCAGGAUUGUAAAUAUAUUAUAUUAUACUGUUGUAGCGAAUAAAAUUAAACUUUCUCUCCUAGCGAAAAAGGAAGUAGAAACAACAAAAAAUGGCAAUUAUCGAAAUGUAUAAUGUUAUUAUAUAAACACCGAGAUGAUUUUACAUUAAAAUCAAUUAUGUUUUCGUUUUAAAAGUUUUUGUACCGACGCCUAUACACACAUUAUGGCAUUCGAGAUGCGUUAUAUUACUACAAAAUAGAUUUUAUUUAAAUAAAACGAAAACUUGCGUAUUAAUCGUAGCAGAAUUUAUGAUUGUUCAUAAUUUCUGCCGAAAGGGUACAUUGAUGUAAACUUAAAAAAGGUUACUUUUUACUUGUCAGUAAUUUAUUUACUUUUUGAAUAAAAAAAUUACACUGUUAAUAUUGAAGACUUUUUGUAUUCGCAAGGCGUAAAUCGACUGGUCUGUUCAACUUGUAUUAUUUCAUAUUUCUUUUAUCAUCUUUUUUCGAAUAAAGGUAUAUAACGCGAUGCUACACCGUAGUUUCCCAAUCUCGCGUAUUACACAUUACGUAUUCUUCAUAAGCGGAAGCCUUUUUUCGAUUAUACUGAUGUUUUGUAUUUUUUAUUGUGAAUCAUCUUUGAUAGGGUAAUAACAAGUUUUUAGUUGAAGGUCAAAAGCAAACUGGCGAAAGCUCCGAGGGCGUGAAGAGAAACGCUGUACCCUGUUAAAAAUAAAUACAUAUUUUUUGUAUGUAUCUUUAGUACGUACUAAAAACAUGUAAUUUGCCUGGUAAUACGUAUUAAAAAUAUGUACUGAUUUGGGACUGACUAUUUUAAAUAUAUUAAAUAUAAAUAUAAGUAUUUGAUGUGGCCAUAAAUGGUGUUAUUAUCCUUAUAUGGUACUUCCAUUUAUGGCCACAUCAAAUACUUAUAUUUAUAUUUAAUAUAUUUAAAAUAGUCAGUCCCAAAUCAGUACAUAUUUUUAAUACGUAUUACCAGGCAAAUUACAUGCUUUUAGUACGUACUAAAGAUACAUACAAAAAAUAUGUAUUUAUUUUUAACAGGGUAGACAUGUACAAAUACGACACGACAGCGUAUAAUGAAGCAAAUAAUACCUCCGUAGUUACAGGUUUAUAAUGUUCUAUACAUGUAAGGUCUUCGAUUAAGUCUUUCGUAACGGAAAGGAUACACGCUAGACAGUUCAUGAGCGCGCUUAAAGUUCGAAUCGUUUUUGGUUUGAUAAACACAUUUCAAUGUUCCCUAUUAUACUUUGAUUCUUGAAAAUAAUUUUUUUAUUUAAAAGAAAGUAUUAUAUGUAAACUGUAUUACAUCAUAGACAAGACGGUUAAAUAUACAUUUAAAAAGUAGUCGUAGCGUUUAAAAAAUAUGUAAUUCAGUCACACACACCCAACUUUAAUCUUUAAUCAUGAAAAUUGAUAAUGUUUCUUACAUAAAUUUGUAUCGAAUCAGAGAAGCUCUUUAUAAACGAGUAAAACUUUAAGAGCGCUUAGCAUUCAAAGAAUAAAAUAAAAAUGUAUAGGAAGGAAACUAUAGAAACAGGUGGAAUCUCGUCGUUCGUUUCGAAAGACGACUUUUCAUUCAAACUUUAGAUUUCUCUAAUCGCACAAAUUUUCUCGGUCAAGUGUAUAAUAUUUAUAAAUAUUUACGUAAUGAGUAGGCGUUGUGAAAGCUUAACAGGAAGAUUGUGAAACGUAGCAGCUUGAAUUAUUUUGUUAUCAUUUUAGUAACGGCACGCGAGCCAUGCAUUCUGUGUAAAUUUCAGCGUUAAUAUAACCGACUCGUAUAUAGUUGUUUGAGCAUAGUCACCAAAAUGUAGCAAAGCUCGAGUCGAUGCUUUUCAGGUUCAAUUUUUCCUUAUACUCUUUUCUCAAAGGCAUCACUUGAUCGCUUUAUGCCGAGUCAUUGCAAAUUUAUUAUAUUCUGUUCGGUUGCGACCCUUUGCAUUUUGUAGAAUCGAAAAAUACAUGUGUUCAGUUUCGCGAAGUAUCGACUCGGUUGCGCAGCGAUCGUCAACUAUUCGAAAAUCGCAUACAAGGCUAGGGAGCUUAGUUUCGUCCGGUACGAGUUCGUCUGUGCUCCAGGAAGUAAGAAAGGAUAAGAGAAAAGCCCCUCUUGCACCCCAAAGAGUAUCGAGGAGCUCGUGAUGUAGUUGCAAGAUUUCGCAAAGGAAAAAUGGGAUUGUAGGGGGAACUGUAGCGAGGUUUUCAUUGUGAGAGGAUUGUGUACCGCUCCGUCACGUCCUCAACUGCGUUCUGUCUCUUUUGUAAUUAAUCAUAUCGAUUAUUGAUUACUCACGCUUCCGUGCUUUACGAUCGUAAGUGGUCAGUUAUUAUUUUAAUUUUUCAACUUUUGUUGCAAUUGUAAAGUGUUGUACUGCGCGCCUAUAUUGGACGACUCUAUGAUAUACGAGGUAAGGCUCGAUUGUAAUAAUGAGAAUAACGAAUCGACUAAUUUAUGCGUUUAAAGUUAUUGGACCGCAUACACUUCGCAUUGCGUAACCUUUUGUAUGUUUAAACCUGCGACGAAUAAAAGAUCUCAGAAAAUCGUACGUAA